GAACGAAGCACUCGCGCCGCCGUAUUUUCCCCUGUGACGUCACCGACAUCCACUCCCCCAGCCAAGAUGGCUGACAGCAUCCCUCUGAAUCCGGUGCGAAGUAGCUCGAAGAGGGUUAAGUAUUACAACUCCGCCAGACUUUCAAGGUAUUCUCUGGAAGAUGAGGCAUCAAACCUGGAUGAGAUGCCUCUGAUGAUGUCCGAGGAAGGUUUUGAGAACGAUGAAAACGACUAUCAGACGUUGCCCCACGCCAGAGUUAAUCAGAGGCACAGAGGCCUGGGCUGGUUUUUACUUGGAGGCUGGAAGGUCCUCUGUGGAAGCUGCUGUGAAUGUCUAGCCCGUAUAUUUCGGCGGAAGAAGGAGCUGAAGGCCCGGACGGUUUGGCUCGGCCAUCCGGAGAAAUGUGAGGAAAAGUUUCCCAAAAACGCUAUCAAAAACCAGAAGUACAACCUCUUCACCUUCGUGCCUGGGGUUCUUUACAACCAGUUCAAGUUCUUCCUCAACCUCUACUUCCUGGUGGUUGCCUUGUCUCAGUUUGUGCCGUCCCUGAAAAUUGGAUAUUUGUACACGUACUGGGUGCCUUUGGUGUUUGUGUUGACCGUCACCAUGGUUCGUGAGGCGGUGGACGAGGUGCGACGCUACCAGCGAGACAAGGAGAUGAACUCGCAGCUGUACAGCAAACUCACAGUGAGGGGUAGUUUUAACGUGAAGAGUUCAGACAUACAAGUUGGAGACCUGAUCAUUGUUGAAAAGCACCAAAGGAUUCCUGCAGACAUGAUAUUCCUGAGAACGUCAGAGAAAACUGGAGCGUGUUUCAUCAAAACAGAUCAGCUGGACGGAGAGACAGACUGGAAACUGAAGGUGGCCGUGUGCUGCACACAGAGGCUGCCAGCAGUGGGGGACCUUUUUUCGAUCAGCGCCUUCGUCUAUGCCCAGAAGCCUCAGCUGGACAUCCACAGCUUCGAGGGGAACUUCACCAGGGAAGACGUGGAGCCGAGGAUUCACGAGAGUCUGAGUAUUGAAAACACUCUCUGGGCCAGCACCGUCGUCGCAUCUGGAACAGUGAUCGGUGUGGUGGUCUACACGGGCAAGGAGACCAGGAGUGUCCUCAACACCUCCUUCACCACCAUCAAGGUCGGCCUGCUGGACCUGCAGCUGAACCGUCUGACCAAGGCUCUGUUUCUGGCCCAGGUGGUUCUGUCUGUGGUCAUGGUGGCUCUGCAGGGGUUUGUGGGUCUGUGGUACAUCAACCUCUUCAGAUUCACCGUUCUCUUCUCCAACAUCAUCCCCAUCAGCUUGCGUGUGAAUCUGGACAUGGGGAAGACGGUGUACGGUUGGAUGAUCAUGAAAGAUGAGAACAUUCCUGGAACUGUUGUCAGAACCAGCACCAUCCCCGAAGAACUGGGCCGACUGGUCUACCUGCUGACAGACAAGACGGGAACACUGACUCAGAAUGAAAUGGUCUUCAGGCGGCUGCACCUGGGGACAGUGUCCUACGGCACCGACACCAUGGACGAGAUCCAGAGUCACAUCAUCCAGUCCUACGCACAGCCCACACCCCAGUCCUCCAGCGGUAACACCAGUGGACCACCUGCACCGAAGAAGACGCUGUCGUCAGCACCCAAGGUUCGCAAGAGCGUCAGCAGUCGCAUCCACGAGGCCGUGAAAGCCAUCGCCUUGUGCCACAACGUCACGCCCGUCUACGAGCCGCCUGCUAACGCAGAAACGGAGACGGCGGAGGCGGACCAGGACUUUAGCGACGACAACCGGACCUACCAGGCCUCCAGCCCCGAUGAGGUCGCUCUGGUUCGCUGGACGGAGAGCGUCGGCCUGAUCCUGGUCAACAGAGACCUGACCUCCCUGCAGCUGAGGACUCCGUCAGGACAGAUCCUCUCCUUCAACAUCCUGCAGAUCUUUCCCUUCACCUCCGAGAGCAAGAGGAUGGGCAUCAUCGUCAGGGAGGAGUCAACAGGAGACAUUACCUUUUACAUGAAGGGUGCAGAUGUUGCCAUGGCGAGCAUCGUUCAGUACAACGACUGGCUGGAAGAAGAGUGUGGAAACAUGGCCAGAGAAGGUCUGAGGACGCUGGUGGUCGCCAAGAAGUCACUGUCUGAGGAGCAGUAUCAGGACUUUGAGAGUCGCUACAACCAAGCAAAGCUCAGCAUCCACGACCGCGGCCUGAAGGUGGCAGCGGUGGUGGAGAGUCUGGAGAGGGAGAUGGAGCUUCUGUGUCUGACCGGUGUGGAGGAUCAGCUGCAGGCGGAUGUCCGACCCACACUGGAGCUGCUCAGGAACGCUGGCAUCAAGAUUUGGAUGUUGACGGGAGACAAACUGGAGACGGCGACGUGCAUCGCCAAAAGCUCCCAUUUGGUCUCCAGGAGCCAGGACAUCCACGUCUUCAAACCGGUCUCCAACAGAGGAGAGGCUCAUCUGGAGCUCAACGCCUUCAGAAGGAAACACGACUGCGCUCUGGUCAUCUCUGGAGACUCCUUAGAGGUUUGUCUCAGAUAUUACGAACACGAGUUUGUGGAGUUGGCCUGUCAGUGUCCAGCCGUGGUCUGCUGUCGCUGCUCCCCCACCCAGAAGGCUCAGAUCGUCACACUGCUGCAGCAGCACACGGACAACAGGACCUGUGCCAUAGGUGACGGAGGAAAUGAUGUCAGCAUGAUCCAGGCUGCGCACUGUGGGAUUGGAAUAGAAGGAAAGGAGGGAAAGCAGGCGUCUCUGGCUGCAGAUUUCUCCAUCACUCAGUUCAAACACAUCGGGCGCCUCCUGAUGGUUCACGGCAGGAACAGCUACAAACGUUCCGCAGCUCUGGGUCAGUUCGUCAUGCACCGAGGCAUGAUCAUCUCCACCAUGCAGGCUGUCUUCUCAUCCAUUUUCUUCUUUGCCUCCGUGCCCUUGUACCAGGGGUUCCUCAUGGUGGGAUAUUCGACAAUCUACACAAUGUUCCCAGUGUUCUCCCUGGUCCUGGACCAGGACGUGAAACCAGAGAUGGCGCUGCUGUACCCGGAACUGUACAAAGACCUCACCAAGGGCCGUUCCUUGUCUUUUAAGACUUUUCUCGUCUGGGUUCUGAUCAGUAUCUAUCAAGGUGGCAUCCUCAUGUAUGGCGCGCUGUUGCUGUUCGAAUCUGAGUUCGUGCACGUGGUCGCCAUCUCCUUCACUGCGCUCAUUCUCACCGAGCUCCUGAUGGUGGCGCUCACCGUCCGUACCUGGCACUGGCUGAUGGUGUUGGCAGAGUUCCUCAGCCUCGGCUCCUACCUGGCUUCUCUGGCCUUCCUCAACGAAUACUUCGACCUGGCCUUCAUCACCACCUGGCCGUUCCUGUGGAAGGUUUCCUCCAUCACCCUGGUCAGCUGUCUUCCACUCUACAUCAUCAAAUACCUGAAGCGAAGAUUCUCUCCACCGAGCUACUCCAAGCUCUCCUCCUGAGUCUGACCUGGAUGGAUUUGUUUUGUACAAUUCCUGCCUCUCUUGAGCUUUUAAAAAACAAAAAACAAACAAAAAAAAAAUCAGCACUUUUUUAAUCCGUGAUGGAAAUUCAAUGAAACCUGUGGUAAAUUGAACGGGGGGUAGGUGGGGGGGUUGAUUAUGGGAUUACUUGAAAAGUCAGAGCACAUUUAGAGAAUGACAAAAGGAUGAAGUUUGCCACAAAAUCACUGGACGUCACGUGGACCCUGGUUGGUCCAGAGGGUCUUCUUCCGCCGCCUUCUUUUUCUACUGCAUUACAAACACUUCAGUUUCACCGUCAGUGUCGUUUUAUACCAGGAAAAAAACUCCGAUCUUUUUUUAAACGUGUAUUUUUUCGGUAGUUUGUAUUGAUGUCCUGUUGCGAGGCUGUUUUUUUUUGUGUUUUUAAACCAAAUACAGGAUCGGUAUUUAAGUUUUUUUUUUUUUUUACGAAUCCAGGAAACACCGUUGAUACCACCGUUUAACCUCUCGCUCUUCACUAAUGCCUCUGUGCCAGAGAGUCAACAGAGCUCUGUCAGUAUUUGGUUAAGGAUGUGUUCGGUUAGGCUGCGAUAUCUCCGAUCUUAGUGCUGUGUCCUGGGCUGUAGGUAGAAGAAAACAGCAACUCUACGUGGUUUUGAUAGUGGGAAGUAUUUCAAGCGACCUUCUGGGUGUUUUUUCUCUGAGUACCAUCACUGUCUGACAGUAUUUUUCAAACUCUUUAAAACUGAUUUACUUCGUUCCUGUGGUGUUUUGCGUUUCCAUAUUCACUUAGUCUGACGUUUACAUCACAGUUCGUGUUUACAGAACAAAUACUGGACUAGUUUCCAACUGUUGCUGAGUUUUUUUUCUCCGCUUCUUCCUGGAUAAAAAAAAAAACAGCACUCCAAAAUAACAGCGAUGUAUUUUUCAGCUAUCAUUCCGGCCUCCAUUGUGCCCUCUAGUGGACACCGACCCUGCUGCUUUAGUGGAGCAGCUCAUUUCUGUGCCUCAUGAUUGUGUAUUUUCAUGUUUGGGCAGCACAAAAAAAAAAUCAGCCUGACGUUUAGGUUGUUUCUCCUGCUGCUUUUCACCCACUGACGGCUGUGUAUAGUGUCUCUUUUUUAGCUCUUUAUUGACUGUAGGACCAGCUCACUAGGUGUCAGUGUUGGACGUUUGACAUUCAGCUGUGUUCAAGAGGCGGGAGAAUGAGUUUUAUCAUUCACUCCAGGGAUUUGUAAAGGAGUUAAAGCACAGAUGGAGUCGAAAGAAAAGAGAGAGUGUAGUUUAGCUACAUUUCUAAGUCUGUAUUUCAUUUAUUUUUUCCUUGAAUCAUAAUUGAGUUAAACUCAGGUCAAUCAUUCCAACAGUGCUGUGGUUUCAUUUCACUUUACUGCUGAUUGAACUAAAUUCACAUCGACAAAAGUCAAAAAA